GGCGGAGUUGUUGGGGUGCUGCCGCUGCCGCUGCUGCCGCUGCUCUUCCUUACUGAGCGCUGGAGGAUCAGGAGGAGCGUCUGGAGGAUAUUUCUGAAGUUUCACCCCCGGAGACCUGCUCUACUGGCACUGUGAGAGACAGCCAGCGGUGAGACUGGACAGUGGAGAUGUCCAUGCCAAUGAGUGAAGCUGAUGGCGCGAUGAAGGUGGCUGAAUGGCAGCACACCUAUUACUCCUCCGACUCUGGAAUCCAAUCAGGAGCCACUACAGUGCGGGAGCAGGAUGAGACUGAGAACAGCAAAAGAUUUCCUGCAGAGAACAGCACAGAUAUGGAUGGUCAGUACACUCUGACCCGAGCUCAGCGCGUCAGAGCAGCCAUGUUCCCGGAGACGCUGGUGGAGGGAGAGUCUCCACUGCCCACUCAGACCGACCCCGACCAGCCAACUAACGUCCAGCGACUGGCCGAACCCUCCCAGCUCCUAAAGACCGCUAUUGUCCACCUCAUCAACUACCAGGAUGAUGCAGAGCUGGCCACUCGAGCUGUGCCUGAACUCACCAAACUACUGGCUGAUGAAGAUCAGCAGGUGGUGGUGAACAAGGCGGCUUUGAUAGUGAACCAGCUGACGCGGAAGGAGGCGUCGCGGCGCGUGCUGAUGCAGUCUCCCCAGAUGGUGGCGGCGGUGGUUAGAGCCCUGCAGUCCGGAGACCUGGAGACGUCCCGCUGCGCUGCGAGUGUCCUGCACAGCCUCUCACACCAGAGGGAGGGGCUACUCGCUAUAUUCAAAUCAGGAGGAAUCCCCACCCUCGUACGCAUGCUCAGCUCCCCGAUGGAGUCGGUGUUGUUUUACUCCAUCACCACGCUGCACAACCUGCUGCUGCACCAGGAGGGGGCUAAGAUGGCAGUGCGUUUGGCAGACGGGCUGCAAAGGAUGGUCCCGCUGCUGAAGAAGACCAACCCCAAAUUCCUGGCCAUCACCACUGACUGUCUACAGCUGCUGUCAUACGGCAACCAGGAGAGCAAACUGAUUAUCCUGGCUAACAAUGGUCCGGAGAGUUUAGUCUUCAUCAUGAGGAAUUAUAACUAUGAGAAGCUGCUGUGGACCACCAGCCGAGUGCUAAAGGUCCUCUCAGUCUGUCCCAGCAACAAACCAGCCAUAGUGGAUGCAGGUGGUAUGCAGGCUCUGGGCCAGCAUCUUACUGGCUCCAGCCAACGUCUCAUUCAGAACUGCCUGUGGACCCUCAGGAACCUGUCCGACGCCGCCACCAAACAGGAGGGUCUGGACGGGCUGCUGCAGAUCCUGGUGACUCAGCUGGGUUCUGAUGACCUGAACAUGCUGACCUGUGCCACGGGUAUCCUCAGUAAUCUGACGUGUAAUAACGCACGCAACAAGGCACUGGUGUGUCAGAGCGGGGGCGUGGAGGCGCUGAUCCAUGCCGUGCUGAGGGCGGGGCAGAAGGAGGAUGUGUGCGAGCCGGCCGUCUGUGCGCUCAGACACCUCACCAGCCGACACACACACGCAGAACUGGCCCAGAAUGCCGUGCGGCUUCACUACGGCAUCCCCGCCAUCACCAAACUGCUCGGACAGCCAUACUACUGGCCUGUGGUCAAGGCCACUGUGGGAUUGAUUAGAAACUUAGCGCUGUGUCCAGCCAAUCAGGCUCCACUGAGGGAGGCGGGCGCGAUCCCAAGAUUGGUUAACCUGCUCCUGAAGGCUCAUCAGGACACACAGAGACUUGGCUCCAGUGCUCAGCAGACAUACCAGGAUGGUGUUCGUAUGGAGGAGAUUGUAGAAGGCUGUACUGGAGCGCUGCACAUCCUGGCCAGAGAUCCCAUUAACAGGGGAGAAAUCGCCAGCAUGCAGACCAUCCCACUGUUUGUGCAGCUCCUGUACUCCUAUGUGGAGAAUGUGAAGCGCGUAUCUGCAGGGGUUCUGUGUGAGUUGGCUUUAGAUAAGCAGUCUGCUGAGCUCAUCGAUGCUGAAGGAGCUUCAGCUCCUCUAAUGGAGCUCCUGCACUCCCCCAAUGAGGGAAUAGCUACCUACGCUGCCGCUGUGCUCUUUCGGAUCUCGGAGGAUAAAAGCUCCGACUACAGGAAGCGUGUUUCUGUGGAGCUCACGCACUCACUCUUCAAACAUGACCCCACUGCAUGGGAGAUGGCCCACAACACAAUGCCACUCGAUCCAGGCUACAUGCCAGACGAUCUGGAUGGUGCUUACCCUCCAUACGGUUAUCCUGACAUUCCCAUGGAUGGCCUCCCUCUUGACCCGGAGAUACAUGAGCAGUACAUGCCUGAGAUGACCUUUGACCCCCGACAGGUUUACCCAGAGCCACUUUAACACCACCACUGAUGCAGGUCCAGUGAGCGAGCUGGAGGACGACUGACGGGUGUGGAGGCGGGGCCACGUGGUCAGGUGACCCAACAGCGUGAUGUUUCCAUGAAACAGAGUUCGGCCCAUGAAGAGACAGAGACGGAUAAACCUCCUUUACUUCAGUUCACUACCGGUGUCUCUUUCUCUCUGUCUGUGUGUGUGUCCGUAUGUGUGUGUCCGUGUGUGUGUGUGUGUGUGUGUGUGUGUGUGUGUGUGUGUGUGUGUGCGUGAGUGUGUGUUUGUUUGUUGGGAGGUGGGGGGUGGGGGGUGUAGGUGUGGGGGGUCAGUGAAAGAGACAUGAACUCAAAGCACCCAAUGGCUUUUUUCUUUUUUUCUUUUUGGUUUUGUUUUUUGCUACUAAACAGAAAAAAAGCGUACAGCUGUGUUGAUGGGAUACGCAUGUAAUCAUAACGUAAACAUUUUUUUACUACAUAUUAUUGCUUGACAGACGACGUCCAUGACGCAAUCCAGAUCUUGUACGUAGAAAUGUAGCAUAGUUGACCGUUUAGAAUCUGUGUAGCUCUUCAGCUUCACUCUCAGUUCUGUAAGUGUGCAUUUCUCUGGUUGGGUCAUCGGGAAGUGUAAAAAAAAAUGCAGAAUAGUGUUUAUAUGUACCACACACAGCCCCUCCACUUCACUCUCUGGCGAUUUAAGGACACACUGCUUUAUUUCUCGAUCAAAAACAGUGUAUAACGCUUUUGUUUUAAAUCUGCUAAAUGACAUUUAUAAGAUUAUCCUCCAGUAAUGCUUUAAAAUGUUGAUUAUUAGUAAUGAAACUAAUUUAACAGUUCCAGUGUGAAGUGAUCCAAACCCAUGCAUUACCCAAUUCUCCACAUAGGUUUUCUUUAUUUUUCUUUAUUGUCAGUCAUCCCACUAUAAGGGUGAAUAAUAAGCAGUGUAAGCAGCAAUGCAAUUGGAUGAGAAUUAGUUUGGUCCCUGAUUCAUUGGUGAAUAUAAAAUGUAUCAGCUUUAGUUUAUGCUGAAAAUGUUGACGAGUGGAGAUUUGAAAAGUGAUCUUAGUGUGUUUUAAUCUAAAUAUAUAAUAUUUCCCAUCAUGAGAUUGCUGUAAGAAUAUUAUUGAAGAAUUCAACUUAUUUUUGGACUAUUUUAUUAUUAAAUCUUCUAAAGGUUCAGAUCAUUGAGCUUACUUAACCAUAAACAUAUUUGUUUCAGUAGAUAGAAUGGCUUAAAACUUGUAUGUAUGUAAAGAUGUAUGUAAGUAAAAUGUAUUUUUGAAAAAUUAAAUAAUAUCAUAAUGGGAAAUAUUAUAUAUUUAGAUUUCAGUUGCUGUAAUGUAGUUUCUUACAGCGUAAAUGAGUGCAGUGAGGUUCCAGUUAGCAGAUUGCAAUUGACCAUAUUUUUCUGAAAGUCACGCCAAAGAGAUUUAUCUUGUGAUGAUAAUCAUGAAUGUGUGACACGGUGGAAACUCCAGUGACAGAUUUGCACCACCUAACUAAAAGCUUGCAGGAUUAGUCAGUCGAGCAGCAGAAACAAUUUUACUUUCAGUUUUUAUUCACAUCCAGCCAUUAAGCUUACAACCAUGAAUUCUUCAAAAAGAUUUGUGAAACUUUCUUUUUUUUUCAGUAUUUUACGUUGUUUAAUGUUUGCAUUUAUGUCUAUAUGGAAAUUAAAAGGGAAUUCAGUAGUUGAGAUAAACACAUUCAGAGUGGUUUUGGUGUAAAAUGAUUAACUUACUGACUAUUACUUCUUUAGAGUGGUGGUGUUUGGAACCAGACAUCGCCUUUUAUUGGGUCUCUAUCACCAGUGAAACUGCACAUGUAUAGUGAGUUUUAUUUAUAUUGUUUGAUAAGGGUAAAAUAGAGGCUAAUUUCUAUAUUUAUAUAGAAGCUAUAGGCUACAUAUAUAAAUAAGUGGAAAAUACAAUGCUACAGUUUAGAGCUAAUGUGAUAUUGUACAUUUAAAAUGUUUGUUUACUUUAUUUUCAUUUUGUUAUUGUUUCUUUAUUAUUGUACAUUGGUAUAAACACAAUGUGAAAUACUGUCCAAUGUAUUUCAUUUUUGAACAAUUAUUAUUAUUUCUUUAGAAUUUUUUUUUCUAAUUUUGUCCCGUUUUCUCCACAAUCUGGAAGGCUAAUUACCCAACUUACUCAUUAGGACUCUUUUCCAACUGCAGCUGAUGCAGCAGUACUGAGUAUCCAGUGUGCUCUGAGGAAAGUGCAGCAACCCAGCUCUUAUACAUCAGCUAACAGAUGCCUGUGCUGACCGACAUCAGCACAGACACAAGGAAGAUUGCCAUGGCCAAUUGUGGUCUCUCAGACUCUGGCUGCUGAUGCUUUGCAUAAAAGCAUUAGGCUUGUUCUUGUUACAUUUCUGCAUGUACCCCGCCCAGGUUUCAAGCAGCAUGUUGGUAAUAAUUAGUCUGAUAUCUGCUUUCUGCGAGGGAGCUUUUGAGGGUGCUAGCAUCUGAUUCCAUUCACCACCACUGUGAAAAAUUGUGUAUUUUACUCAUUACCUCUCUGAAUAACAUUGUUCCCUUCUGAAACUUUUACAUAUGCAGAGAAUUCCUCUUUAAUAACAUUAUACUGCACCCUGUAUCUCCAUAUUUAUGUUUUUUUAUGGUUAUUAAUGUACCCUGCUGUAUAACUCAAAUGUUUGUUUGUUUAAUGGAUGAGUGACAGUGUUGGUGCCUCUGGGUCAAAGAUUUGCAGUGAGUGCUGUAUUUCAUUGUGUUGAGCAAAAUAUAGGCAGAAGUUAAUCAUUGUUGAGCUCUGGCUGUGCAACUGUGGCAUCAACAAUCUUCAAAUUCAGAAUGUUUGAUCUGCUGUUAAUUGAUGGAUUGAAUAUUUUUUGAAUGAUUAAAGCAGAUAUAAGACUGUCAAGGAUGAGUAACACAAAGUUAAUGCUCAGCUUGGUCAGUGCCAGCUGCAGUACUAUUCAUUAAUCUCAUAACAAGAUAUCAUUGAACUGACUCAUCAUUUUGUCAAAUAUUUAAGUCACACUGUUCACUCAAUUCAUGGGCUGUUUUUCUUUAGUGUUGUAAGCAAGAUUUUUUUUUUAUCUAUCCAAAAAAUGGGCCUGAAUAAAAAGUCAGGAAGAAAAGUUUCAGAGACAGGGACACUGGCUGCAACACGAGCCAUUUGCUUAACAUUUGUGGAGGUAUCCUUUUCAUGAAAUGUUGCAUCCAUUUUGUAUAAACAUACUUUUUCAUACUGUGGACAGAAAGUUAUAUUUUUAAUCCAUUAGUCCAUCCAUUACACUUUUUUUUAAAUACAUCAGGCUGGUGUUGAUUUUUGUAUUGAGCGUGCAGAAGAGGUUUUCUUUUAAUGACUCAUCAAUAAAGGUCAUAUUUGUGCAGGUGUUGUUGCACAGUGAAAAAGUGCACCACCACUCCAGAGUCUCCAGAGCUAGAUCUUCCAGAGGUUUUACUUAUUAGCAAUUCUUUGAGCAGUUCAAUAAAAAAAUGACCUGGGAUUUGGGUGAGAGCAGUUCUGCCUAAACUGUAUCUUUGUUUUUCAGAACUCAACAUACGCCCCUUAGGAAAUGGAAAUGUUAAAAACCCAUUUCCUAAAUAUAAUUUAUUACUAACUGUGAAAAACCUUUGGGAUCUUCAAAACGGUCCUUACUCUAAAAUUGUACAAACCAAAAUUAAAAUAAUAUACUAAUUUUGUAUUAAAUUAUUAGGGAGAAAAAAAGUUUUUUUUCUCUGAUUCUGAGCAGGGGUGCCCACACUUUUGCAUGCCUGUGUCAUAGCGUACGAUCAAAGCAAGAGGUGCAAGUCAUUAUAUGCAUUAUUGUGACAUUACACAUACAAAUACGAAUACAAAUAAAAAAGGCGCAUUGUCUAUUGCCAAAGUACGCUGAUGAGAAAAUAUUCCAAAUUUUCCAAAUUCUUCUCUUUUUUGUUUUCACUCUUUGUUCUCUUUCUUUUUGAAUGAUCAAUUCUAAGAACAACAGCCAACAUUAGAACAAUGUUUGUGGCUGUUCAGUCAGUGUACUUAAAAUGGCCUUAAAUGUAUGUUUUCUCUCAUGAUGCUCUGCCCAAAAAUGUGUUUUUUCUUUACUAUUGUUGCUUGAUAGAGAAUCUAGCUAAUACACUAUACUGCCAAAAGUAUCCGCUCUCCUGCAUUGAGUUUAGUGAUGUAAGGUUGGAUGAAGCAGCUUGGCCAUGGAAACCCAUCCCAUAAAGCUCUCUACACCCACAUGACAAGUUUGUAGGUCUGUAGCGAUUAGUGGUGUAACAGUACACGUAUUGUUUUACAAACCUUCACGCAAUAGGGGUCACAGUUCGGUUCGUGUUAACGUACGCAGAGUACGCGGCACAGGCUAUAGGAGACUUGUGGAACAAAUGAACGUAACGCAGGAACUAAUGUUCACAGGAGUGUUGCACCCGUCGCUGAGCUGAAAUCGCGCCCUGCCAUAGGAAAUGAAUGGUCACCUGUCGCUUUACAGGGUUAGGCGCUCGUACUGUCUCUCUCUCUCUCUCUCUCUCUCUCUCUCUUGUCAUUUUCUUAGGAUAUAUUCAUAGUUUAAACAGUUAAAGUAACGCUGUUGUUUUUGGUCCAUUGUUAUUGUCAGGUUUGAGCAGGGAGAGGAGAUGCAAGAAAUGUGUUAAUAAACAAGAUAAACAAGAAAACAAACUAUGAACCAGAAAUAAACAAAAACAUUGAAACAAAGACUACAAGCAAAACCAACAACCUAACAGACGUAACAACGUACAAGAACCGACCAGGAGAACGGAAAAACACGUGGACUAUAAAUAGAGAGGUACCACAACACAGGAAACACCUGACGACAGGUAACAAGGGGGAUGGAGCUACAAACGAGACACAGAUGGAAACACUGAAUGAUGAGGAGGUACUGGGGGAAAACACUGAGGAAUGGAGCGUGGAGAAAUGACACAGAGGAAGGAAAAUAAACUGAAAUAGCAGAAAAAAAAAUACAGAAACAAAUGAGAAUAACCAGGGAACAGAACCAGGAUGUGACAAGUUAUUAUAAAGUUAAUAAAGGUGAAGCUAUACAGAAUGCCCAGCCUCUUUUUAUUUAUUUAUUUUUUUUCAACCAACCCUACCGAAAACAUACCGAACCGUGGGGUUCAUGCCGUGUUGUGAACCGAACUGUAAAUUUUCUGUACUGUUACACCACUUUUAGCGAUUGAUCUGCAGAAAAUGAUUUUAAUUUGUUCAGUCAUUUUACUCUGACAGAGUGAGUUGCUGUUGUUCCCAGUUGCUUUCACUGUGUUGUAAUAUCACUGACAGUUGGCUGUGGAAUAUUUAGUAGUGAGGAAAUUUUACCACUGGACUUGUUGCACAGGUGGAAUUAAAUCAUGGCAAAAAAUGGAGUUUACUGAGUUCCUGAGAGAGAGAACACACAUUCUUUCACUAACGUCUGUAGAAGCAAUCUGCAUGCUGAGGUGUUUGGUUCCAUGGAAGUGAUUGAAACCUAGCAGUUUGUUUGAACCUUGCAGUAAUUUGAAUGGGUGAGUAAAUACUUUUGGCAGUAUAGAACAUGGGAGACGUGAGCACAGCUAAUCUGGCGGUGAAUUAUUUGACUCAUAACAACAGUGGACUCCAGUUCUGGUGCUAUAAAGUACUGUAACACAUUGAAAUAUCUAGACUCUACAAAGAUCCCAUUAUUACAAAUCAUGUAGAAUCUUUUCUACAAAGUCAAAAGUUAUGUAGAACCUCUAUAUGAACACAGCAGACAGGCAUCUACUGUGUUCAGUAAAGCUGGUUCAUCCUUACAGUAGUAGUAUGGAGAAACACAUUAGUGGGCUGUUUUUUUUCCAUAUUAAAAUUGAAUUGAUUUUUGCCACUGUCCCUGAGAGAAAGACAAAGAAUGAUGGGAACAGGGAAAAGAAGACAAAAGUUGAACUAAGAAAAUGCAUUUUUACCAAACAUUGUUGUUUUUUUGUUUGUUUGUUUGUUUUAAUGUUUUUCUCAAAAAAAUAAUAAAACAAAACAUUAAAUAAAUUAUAUUAACAACCAAAA